GGCACGCCGGGAAAGCCCCAAUUGAACGGCCGUUGGUGAAAGGGGGGGGGCCCAUGGCCACCUCAUCCGUGUCCAAGGGCUGCUUUGUGUUUAAGCCGAGUUCCAAGAAGAGAAAGAUCUCUUUGUCAACAGCUGACUACUUCAAUGAAGGCAAAAGCAGGACUGAAGACAGCAAGCUGCGGUUUGACACUUGUCAGUUGUUAUGGCAGCAGAUGAAAUCAGAAACGGAGCAACUUCAAGAGGAAUUGAAUAAAAAACUAUUUGACAGCCUAAUAGAAUUUCUGAGAAAAUGGCACUCCGGAUUUCUGAAGAAGUCAACAGACUGGAGCUGUCAGAUAAAAUCUAGAGAAAUUCCAACGGCUGCCCUCGUUUUAGGUGUCAAUGUAACAGAUCACGAUUUAACGUUCAAAGGUUUAACAGAGGUUCUUCAAAGUAACAUCACUCCAUAUGUUGUCUCGCUGCAAGCUAAAGAAUGUCCAGAUGUGAAACAUCUUUUGCAAAAGCUGAUAUCCCAGCUGAUGGGAUGCACUGUAGAUGUAGAGUCCCAAGAGGAAGAUGCUCCUCUUCAGUCAUCUCAGAAAAGGAUCCGAUGCUCCAUGGCUUCUCUUGCCAUUUGGUACAGGAGUGUCACAAAGAAGAAGAAAAGCAUGGAAUUGCCAGGCAGAAAAAGGACCUCUACUUCCCACUGGCCAACUCCUCCUAUUGUUCUUAUCUUGAAGGACAUAGAAAGUUUCACCACCAAAGUACUCCAGGACUUCAUAGUUAUCAGCAGUCAGUACCUGCAUGAAUUUCCACUAAUACUUGUCUUUGGGAUUGCCACAUCUCCAAUGAUCAUCCACCGAUUGCUUCCUCACUCGGUUUCUUCUCUGCUGUGUAUUGAGUUAUUCCAGUCCCUUUCCUGUAAGGACCAUUUGGCUACAGUCCUGGACAAGCUGCUGCUUACAACCCAAUUCCCCUUUAAACUGAAUGAAAAAGUGCUUCAGGUUUUGAUCAACAUCUUCUUGUAUCAUGAUUUCUCCGUUCAGAACUUUAUUAAAGGGCUUCAGCUGUCUGUCUUAGAGCACUUUUACUCUGAGCCUCUUAGCGUGUUGUGCUGCAAGCUCCCAGAAGCCAAGAAGAGAAUAAAUUCUUUAUCAGAAGGACAGUGUGAGAACAUCCGACGUCUUCCAUCCUUUAGGAGAUAUGUGGAGAAGCAAGCUUCCGAAGAGCAGAUUGAGUUGCUGACAAAUGAAAAUUAUUUAAAGGAAGCAACCCAGAAAUUCCUGGAAGAUCUGCACGUUUAUCAUGAGAACUACAUCCCCGUUCUGCGGUGUCUUCAUGCUUUCACAUCUUCUCUUCCGAAGUACCCUUUGGGUCGACAGAUCAGAGAGCUGCACUGUGCCUGUUUAGAAAAGAACAUAUGGGAGUCUCAGGAGUAUGCAUCAGCUUUGCAGCUGCUGAGGAUGCUGGCAAAGGAUGAGUUGGUGGCCACACUUCAAAAAUGUGUAGAGGUCUUUAAGUCCUCUCAUGGAAAAAAGCUUGGCAGCACAACAAAGGAACUGGAGGAGUUCCUGGUCCAGUUUCAGGGCCUUGAAGAAGCCAAAGCCAAUGAGGAAGAGGCCGGACCUGGAUCGCAACAGAAAGGACUCCAGAAGACAGACCUGUAUCAUCUUCAGAAGUCAUUGUUGGAAAUGAAGGAGCUGAGACGUUCGAAUAGGAAGCAGACCAAAUUUGAAGUUCUCCGGGAGAAAGUUGUGAGUUUCCUAGACACUCUGGUGAGAAAGUAUCUGCCGCCGCCCGAGACGCAGCCCCUUCACGAGGUGAUGUACUUCAGCGCCGCCCACACCCUGCGCAAGCACUUGAACGCUGCCCCCCGGAUUGCACUCCACACGGCUCUCAACGACCCCCACUACUAUCUGAAGAAUCCGGCUCUGGACAGGGCUGGAGGCUCCAUUCCCAAUGUAGCACCUGACAUCUGCAUAGCGUACAAACUCCACCUGGAGUGUAGCAGGCUCAUCAACCUUGUGGACUGGUCAGAGGCUUUUGCAACAGUGGUGACAGCCGCUGAUGACCCAAAUACCCCAGCCUCUGAAGAAACCAAUGAGAUUAUCCACGCUCGGUUUAUCAGAGCCGUUUCUGAACUAGAACUCCUGGGGUUUAUAAAGCCCACCAAGCAGAAAACGGAUCACGUGGCAAGGCUGACAUGGGGAGGCUGUUAAAGGCGGCUUGCCUGCGGGGAUGCCAGAAGCAAGAACCGCCACCUCCUGCAUUUGAGGGGCUUAAGCCAAAAUGGGGUUCUGAGAGAGCCACUCUACUUCUGGCUGAAUCAGCAGCUACCCUCAAUGCCUCCAUUUCAGGGUUUUCCAGCUAGCAAGGGAGGGGGCAGGGGUUAACACAGCUAAUCUGAAUUGGGGUUUCUGUGGGUACCACCUAUUUUCAGCUCCGGGUCACUAGAACAAUGGGCAAAUAAAAUAUUCUCUCACCUCCACAG